AUGCCGCCUCGAAUAUUACCAAGAGGGCCCAGGGCUCUUCCGUCACGAUCGGCGGUCUGGAUCCAUGUGCGGCCUCAGCGGAGGUUUGCUUCGAGCUCCGCAAAUGCGCCAGAGGUCUACGAUGUCGUCUGCGUAGGCGGUGGUCCCGCAGGAUUGAGUCUCCUGACAGGACUGAAAGCAUCGCCAAUCACAAGUGGGCUCAAGGUUGCGCUCAUCGAGGGCCAAGAUCUACACAAAAGUCGACUGCCACAAGAUGCGACUUUGGAGAGCUUUUCGAAUAGAUGCAGCUCCCUCACUCCAGCUUCUGUGAAGAACUUGCAGGUACAACCGUACCAAGAAAUGCAAGUCUGGGACGGCGUCACCGAUGCACGGAUAUCCUUCGAUUGGCAUACAGCGAAACCUCUCCUCACGCCUCGCAACCCGUCUCAGCCUACAACAAUCGCCUACAUGAUCGAAAACGUCAACACGGUCACCGCUCUACUAAGCCGGCUCGAACAACUGGGUGGUGUCGAUUUCUACACAUCUACAAAGGUCAACUCAAUAGAUCUGGGUACGGAUACAGAGAAGAUGGACUUCUCGUCGUGGCCAAUCCUCACGCUGUCCAAUGGGAAGACACUGGCUGCUAGGCUGUUGGUUGGAGCCGACGGUGCGAACAGCCCCGUGCGGACAUUUGCGGACAUCGAGUCACGAGGCUUUGACUAUAGCAGACAUGGCGUGGUUGCUAGUCUGAAGCUCGAGGGGCAAGGCUGGGGCGGUCCAGAUCACAAGAUUGCAUAUCAGCGGUUCUUGCCAACCGGCCCAAUCGCUAUGCUGCCACUUCCAGGCAACAUGUCGACACUCGUAUGGAGUACCACGCCGGAACGUGCUGCGAAGCUCAAGGCACUGUCACAGGCCGAUUUCGUCGCAAUGGUCAACGCGGGUUUCCGACUGUCGCCAACAGACCUGGAGUACCUACACACCCUCUCAUCCGGACAGGCAGAGGAGGUAGCAUGGCGAGAGAAGCAUACGCCCGUCGACGAACACGCGAUACCGAUGCGCGUAGCACACGUGCAAGACGGCACAGUCGCAUCCUUCCCACUUCGAAUGCGGCACGCCGAUACCUACACUGGUGAACGAGUUGCACUGGUUGGCGAUGCCGCGCACACCAUACAUCCACUGGCAGGUCAAGGUCUCAACCAAGGCCAAGGUGAUGCUGCAGCGCUUGUACGGACGAUAUCACAUGCAGUGCAGACCGGACAAGACAUCGGAUCGACAUUGGCGUUGGAGAGCUAUACCAGUGAACGGUAUGCGGAGAAUAAUGCAAUGCUGGGCGUGUGCGAUAAAUUGCAUCGUCUGUAUAGCGUCGAAUCGGGUCCACUCGUAGGGCUACGAAGUCUCGGAUUGAGAGCAGUCGACGCAAUGGGCCCGUUGAAGGGUUUCUUCAUGAGCCGGGCUGCCGGCGGAUCGUAG